CCAGUGGGCACCCAGGUGACCCGACCCGACCGGUCAGCGCGGGUCACUGGGCCGGUGACUCGUACCUGACCGUCCAGCGCGCGCCAACGGACUGGUGUAUUUGGAGUGAGUGAGUCAGCCGGGCGGCGGCGGCGCCCUUCCAACUGGGGCGCCCACCGCUGGCACUCGGUCAACGCGGCCAAGAGCGGAGCGCGCCCGCCGCCGCCAGGAUCCCGUCGGUCCCGUCGACCGUGCGCCGGCAGUCGCCCUGCGAGGGCUGGCGCGCCUCUCUGGUGCCCUCCUGUGCGCGUCGACCGCCGGCCGGCCGCUGACCGUCGCUCUAUUUUGACCGUCGCUCUGUGCCAGCUCGCAGCUGUCGCUGUCGUCGCUGAGGUGUCGUUCGGUGCCACCAGUGUUUAUCUUUGUGUCGGAGGUGUGGCUGCCGGUCGGCGGCGCUCGGUGGUGCCAUGUCCAGUCGCUCGCGACGCGUGUAUGGCCGCUCGCGGACCACGGCGCUCGGCGGCGCCAUGGAAACCAGCAGCGGAGUGGCCACGCGGCGCGGCUCCGACGCCGUCGAGCCCUCUGGUGGAGUCAUCAAGAGCGGUCUCAACCUGCUACAACAGCUGACCUCGCGUGUCCGCGGCGUCUCCACCACUGAUGGCGAGGAGAAGACGUCGGCGCCGGCCGCAGCGCCCGCCUCCCGGUCCCGGGCAGAAUUCCGCUCCGAUGUCGCCUACCACCCGCUGGUGUACAAGUACGCCAAACUGGACCGUCUGGGUCUAGAAUCCACCGGCAGCAAGCUCGCCCACUGGGAGGAGAAGUACAAGAAGCGCCAGGGUGACGAGGACGGUCGAGCGCCGGCUCCGGCGCAGCAUCGCCACAGUGACAGGUACGGCUCGCCGGGCCGUCCGGCGGCCGACGGCGCCCGUCCAGAGCGCUCCUCUCACCACGGCCCGUACGAUGGUCACGAGUCGCAUGACCGACCCAGCUCCCGACAUGGUCUCUGGGAGGAGGAGCGGCCCUCCUCGCGGCACGGACACCGCGAGGAAAAGUCCUCCCGACACGAGCCGACGCGUACCACCGGCGGAGACAAGUCGCGCUGGUACGAGAAUGCCGUUCACGAGCCUAAGAUGCCCAGUUAUCACGGGUCGUACGCGGCGCCAUACGAUACGGCCUGGCGGUACGGUGGCGGGUACAGUGGCCUGGGUGCUGCUGACCUGCGACCUGCCAACGGCACUCAUCGGCGACGAGACGAUGAGGUUUCCACCACCAGCUCGGGCUCGGACCACCAUCCGAGCUCCGGUGAGCGUCGUGGAGACCAUGGCCACGAUCGGCCGCUGCUCAGUGACCUGUACCCUCGCCUCGGGGGCGUCCGAGCCACCGAGUACAAGGGCUCGGACACCAGUCUCAGCGCUGCGGCACCCGAGGGCAAGCCACCUCACCAGCCCAAGCUGGGCCGCUCCUCCAGCUGGAAAAUCAGCGCUAAGGAGCUGGAGAAGGAGCCGUACCGCCGCUUCAGGAGCCGCUUCCUGACACAGACGGUGCCGGAAGGACUGGACGAUCGGCUGGCGCACGCCGAGGACCGGCCCAGUCCCGUGACUGCCAGUCCGAGACUGCGCCGCCGGCUGGUGGCCAACAGUCCCAGUCUGACGAGGCCAAUUGAACCGGCGCCCGUCCAAAAAUCCUCUUCGGGCUUCUUCGGCCGCAGGUCCUCCGCCACUGGAGAAAAGUUGACGCUAAAAGAUCGGCUCUUUAGUCCAUUCUCUUCCAAAAAGAAAGUAGAAGAGCCGGAAGCAAGCAAGACCGUGGAUGACUUGAAGAGAAUGGAAGAGCCAGCAGUUGUUAAAGAAAGUAAGAACCUUGAAGAAGUGAAAGUGGAAGAGCCGAAGAAGGAGGCGGUCGCUGAGGCUGCACCCGCUGAGGAGGUGUGUGCAGCUGCCGCAAAGGAAACUGAAUCAAAGAUGAGCAUUUCACCUGAUGAUGAUGACGAAGAAAUCCCUAUUCUCAUUCCUAGUGACGAAAAGAUAGAAGAUAUAUGUGAAAAUAAGAUUGAAAUGUUGAAACUGACCGAAUCAAAAGAAACGGCUACUGAUAAAGUGCUCAACGAACUAAAAAUUGACGAAGAGAUCGAUCUCAAGAAACUCCAGGACGAGCUUGACAAAGAAGAAAAGCAGAAAGCAGCGGUGGAUGACCAAAAGAAACUGGCAGAGAUGGAAAGUCUAAAGGCUGCUGAAGAAGAGCAGCGAAUGCGUGAGAAGGAGGAACGGAAGCGGAAGGUGCUGCGGUCACGUCCGCAGCCGUUCGGUCCGGCCGCGGACCCCGCCUCGGCGCUUCUCUCCACCGGGGCGCCGGGUCUGGUACCGAGCUACAGCCACGGCUGUCUGCUGACCCGCGACCCGGUCACCCAUCUGCCCAUCGACCCUCUGACCGGGCUGCCGCUGGACCUCGACGUGAAGCCGGUGCUGACUGAACCCAACAAUAAUGAGCUCCUGGGCUCGCGGCGCGCCGAGUUCAACACUCGUCACCCGGUGCUAGGUCUGCAAAAGUCGGCCUCGGCAAUUAUCCGGCCCGCAGCCACCGAGUUGGGCACCGGUGUCGGCGCUCGCACCCGCCUGCACGACUACGACCCCACGUUCAGCGUGUACUCGCGACUCGACUCUGCCAGGCGCACGCCUCGCGCCUCGGGCGGCGGCUCGAUGACCCGCGCUGACCCAGCCCUGACCGGCUCCAGCUCCAAGCUGGACGACGUCUACUUCGGCUCGGCCUCCGCGCGACGCUACAAGAGGAUCCGGGAGGAGGCCAAGACUCGGUCUAUGAACCCGAUCCGACGGGGCGACACGCACACCAGACUCGCCGAGGCUGCCGCCAAGUACUCGCACGAGCCUUCGAUCGAGGACGAUGCCGACGGACAUCUCAUCUACAAGAACGGAGACGUGUUGCAGAACAGAUAUCGCAUCAUGUCCACGCUCGGCGAAGGCACGUUCGGAAAGGUCGUCAAAGUCAAGGACCUUGAGAGGGAUGACACGAUCGCUCUCAAGAUCAUCAAGAACGUUGAGAAGUACCGGGAAGCCGCCAAACUUGAGAUCAACGUUCUGGAAAAGCUCAACGAGAAAGACCCGCAGGGCAAAAACCUUUGCGUGCAGAUGCUGGACUGGUUCGACUACCACGGACACAUCUGCAUCGCCUUCGAGAUGCUCGGUCUCAGCGUGUUCGACUUCCUGAAGGAGAACAACUACCAGCCAUACCCGCUGGACCAAGUGCGUCACAUCGGCUACCAGCUCUGCCACUCGGUCAGCUUCAUGCACGCCACCAAGCUGACACACACCGACCUGAAGCCCGAGAACAUCCUGUUCGUCAGCUCGGACUACGACAUCGAGUACAACCCCAAAAAGAAGCGGGACCUGCGCGUGGUCAAGGACUCAGAGAUCCGGCUGAUUGAUUUCGGGAGUGCCACCUUCGACCACGAGCACCACAGCACGGUGGUGUCGACUCGCCACUACCGGGCGCCCGAGGUGCUGCUUGAGCUGGGCUGGUCGCAAACUUGUGACGUCUGGAGUAUUGGCUGCAUCCUGUUCGAGCUCUACCUGGGCUUCACCCUGUUCCAGACCCACGACAACCGCGAACAUCUGGCCAUGAUGGAGCGCAUCCUGGGCCCGGUGCCGUACAGGAUGAGUCAAAAGACGAAAACCAAGUACUUCUACCGCGGCCGACUGGACUGGGACGAGAAGACCUCUGCGGCCCGCUACGUCCGGGAAAACUGCAAACCCCUGAAGCGCUACAUGCAGUCGAGUGACGUGGAGCACGCCCAACUGUUUGAUCUCAUCCAAAGGAUGCUCGAGUACGAGCCCACUCAGCGCAUCAGCCUGCGGGACGCACUCAGACAUCCGUUCUUCCGCAAGCUGUCGCAGUCGUCCGACGCCAGCCACGACCGCAGUCUCAGCCUGUCGCGGUGAAACGCGGCGCUUUGCGCGCUCAGAAAGCUGUGACUCUCGUGUGCCGCAUCGCUGCGGCUGACGGAGCUGCGCGCCCCGUCCGGUCGGGGUCGGGUCAGGUCGGUCGGGUCAGGUCGGGUCAGGUCAGGUCAGACCAGACCGACCUACCACAGAGGCUGUGUGAGCGACGCGGCAGGACAGCCGUGAGACACGCCCGCUACAGUCCAGACCCGGCCACCGCUGACGCAGGAGACGCGUCCGAGCCCGGCCGGAGCCCGUGGGACGCGCGCCAGGCGGCCGGUCCGCCCAUCUCGAGCUCGGAGCUCCUUGUGAUCCAACAGUGUAGUCAUGAACUGCAGUGCCGGCUCGCCCAGUGCGACCGGGCGGGCCUGUGUAUGUGUCUGUGGCCGCCACCGGGACAGAUGUGGCAUUAGUGAUGUGUGCGCCGGACCGAUGUGAUCGACGGUCUCGAAGUUUGUGACUUUCAUACAGCCGGCUCCCGUGUUAACACGAUGUGACCCAGAGCGUUCCGGCCGGCACCGCGCGCCGGACAGGGGAGACGCGCGCGGCCAGCCGGGACGCGCCUAACCGGUGUACGGAUAGCUUAGAUCCAAUGCAACACUCUGAUUAUUUAUGAUCGACUAACCACGGCGGGCGCGCGGUCGGCGGCGGCACGUGUAUCACGUGGCGCACGUGCCCCGUGCCGGCGCCGUCUGCCUUCGGUCGGCGCCGAGUGUCCCCGCGCCCCGGAUCUCCGGAGCCGGGACAGCCCGCCCUCUAACUCGUGUCAGGUGCCUCGUGGAUCUUGUGCGUGUGCGUGUGUGAUAAGGUCGGUGCUGAAUUUCUACAAUAUACCUACCACUUA